AUGUUCCUUCAGCGUACGGUGUCUACCCUCGCGAGGCGCACCCCCGUGCGGGGCCUUGCUGCCGCGCGCCCGUUUUCUUCGUCCGUUAGCCGAUUCCACAAGUACGAGGUUAAGGAGGCUAAGCUCCGUUCUCUUGACGCGAUCCAAACCGAAGACGACCUCAUCCCUCCCGGUGCUAAGCCCGGUACCAUCCCUACCGAUAUCGAACAGGCCACUGGUCUCGAGCGUCUCGAACUCGUCGGUAAAAUGCAGGGCAUUGACAUCUUCGACUUGAAGCCUUUGGAUGCUUCCCGCAAGGGAACUAUCGAGGACCCGAUUGUUGUCAACGGUGCUGGUGACGAGCAGUACGCUGGUUGCACUGGUUACCCUGUUGACUCUCACCAGGUUAACUGGUUGACUGUCUCCCGUGACCGCCCCCUCGAGCGCUGCGGCGAGUGCGGUAACGUUGUCAAGCUGAACUACGUCGGACCUGAGGAGGACCCUCACGCCCACGACCACGACCACGACCACGGCCACGGCCACCACGCUGCCCCCGAGGAACCCAAGACCUUCGCCGACUACGUCAAGCCCGAGUACUGGUACCGGUAAAUACCCCCGCAGUACGACGCGCGAGUUUCAAAAAAGAGAAUAAGAAACAAGCAAAGGGACGGAUCAAGACGGGCUAGUACCAGAGUGUCAAACGCAACGUAUUUAAGCAUUGGGUCUACUAUAUACGGGUUCAUUCACGUCCAUUAAUUUCGGUCUAGUCAUUGCUUGAAGGUCUUUAGCUUGUUUCUGCUUUUAUCUGUACACCGACACCGAAGGUGCAUGCAUGUCUCUUUCAUUUGUUUUUAAUUGUAGAAUAGUUGUGGAUGAAUG